AUGAAAGAGAGAAAUAUUUUACAAGGAGUGACACCAGAACCAUUAUCAGUUUUAGAUUAUGUUGAUAAUAUGUUUAAUAAGAAAAAGAAAGAUAAGGAAUUAAAAAAGAGUUCAUUAGAUGAAUGGGGUCAUAUGAAAAAAAUGGAAAAGACUGAAGAAAUAAAAUUACAAUGGGCAUUAUUACAACAUGAAAAUUUAUAUACUGUCAAUGAAUAUAAUAAAUUAAAAAAAGAUGAAAAGAUGCCUGAUUUUUUUCAAGUUGCUACUAUUGUUAAUAAUAGUGAUAAAAUAAAAGUGGGAGGAGGAAAAGAAUCUCAAUCUUUACAUACAUCUAAUAGAAGAAAGAAGAAAACUUUAUCAGCACUACAAAUGUUAGAAAGAAAUGAUGAUCUUAAACAGUGGUGUAUAAAUAAAUAUACAAAAAUACAAAAGCAAAAAAAUAUUGGUGGGAAAUCUUUUGUAAGGAAACAAAAGAAACAAUUAUUGAAAAUCAAAAAUGGGAAAUGA